AGUUAAUAGCGGUCAAGUAUUGAUUUAACCAAACGGAAUCUACAAAUCAAUUUAGCGUAGGCGCUUACUCAAGAACGCAAUAUCCAAUUGGACGACCAAAUGUCAUGAUAAACGCCAUAGGCACACUUUUCAUAUUAAGUUUAGCGUAUCGAGUGACACUCGGAGACCUUUCCUCGGGGACAACCCCGGAGGGAUGCCAACAUUUUAUUAAAUUAGACUACAGUCAAUUGACCUUUGAUUCUUGUCUCCGGAAUUCAAUUGACAACGGAACAUGGUAUCAUUUUGAAUCACAUUCAAUAGAAGAUAGCUGCUAUGAAUGUGAAAGUGGACUUGCCCUUAUGGGUAGACAUCCAUCAGCUAAUGGUUAUAGUAGAAGCAAACUAGGAUUAUCUAAUCCAGAGAGAGGGUGCUUUCUAACAGAGUAUGGAGUAGAAGUUUUAAAUUGUCCGGAAGGUUUCAUUUAUAAAUUUGAAGAGCUUCCAGCAUGUUCUAUUAAACAUGAACUUUGUUUAGUUGGACCUAAGAGUAGAGUGAAACGAGGUAACCCAUCAUCAUCGGCUUCUUCUUCUUCAAGUUCCUCGUCGUCUUCACUAUCCUCAUCAUCGGCAAGUUCAACAGUGCACUCGUCAUCAUCAACUUCUGUUACGCCUGCAGAGAGUUCCUCUGACAGUUCCUCCAGUAGCAGUUCAACAGUAACUAGUAGCCCGACAUCAUCAUCAUCGUCACCGACAGAAUCAUCGUCAUCGUUAUCGACGACAGAAGCUUCAUCGACGUCUUCGGAGGGAGCGGAAAGUUCUUCAUCUUCAACUUCAUCGCCAUUCAGUUCAACAGUAACUAGUAGCCCGACAUCAUCAUCAUCGUCACCGACAGAAUCAUCGUCAUCGUUAUCGACGACAGAAGCUUCAUCGACGUCUUCGGAGGGAGCGGAAAGUUCUUCAUCUUCAACUUCAUCGCCAUUCAGUUCAACAAGUUCUGCUACGAGUCCUACCUCCAGUUCGGGCAGUGUUACCUCAAGUUCGGGCAGCUCAACAACAUCGGUCGGUGAAGAAUCAUCUCCAUCAACCUCCCAGACCACAACCAGCCAGACCACAAGUUCUGUCUCAUCAUCAGAGACGACGAGCAGCUCAGUUACAUCAUCCAGUAGCUCAACCAGUUCCUCCGGUGAAGAGAGUUCUUCCUCAUCUUCGUCUGGAGGAAGUUCGUCUUCAUCAUCUAGUAGUAUAACCUCGUCUUCAACGACGGCAGGAUCAUCUACUUCAACCACAACUCUUGAUGGAGAUGAGACAAGCUCUGAAUUCAGUUCUUCGUCUUCAUCAACUUCAACAACGACAACAUCAUCUCCAUCAAGUAGUUCAACAACAGUAAGUUCAUCGUUUCCACCGGAUGAGGGAAGCUCUUCAUCGUCAUCAUCGUCGAUAACAUCGUCCAGUUCAUCUACAGUUACACCAACAACAUCGAGUAGUACAACGACGAUAAGUUCAUCAUCUCCUCCCGACGAAGGGAGCAGUUCUUCGUCGAAAUCGUCAGUGUCUUCAUCGACCUCGACGACAACACCAUCUACAUCAAGUAGUUCAACAACAAUAACUUCUUCGUCACCACUGGAUGAGGGAAGCUCUUCAUCGUCAUCAUCGUCGACAACAUCGUCCAGAUCAUCUACAGAAACAAAAUCGACUGAAAAGACAUCGUCUACUGUUAGCUCAUCAUCUUCGCCGGUUGAAAUAAGUAGUUCAACAACACAAGGUUCUACAUCCACUUCAUCGUCGACUAUUAGUUCUACAUCAGCAACUGAAGAGUCAUCUACUUCGUCAUCAAGUUCAACUACUAUAACCCCAUCUACCCCAAGUAGUUCAACGACAAUAAGCUCAUCAACUUCCCUCGAUGAAGGAAGUAGUUCUUCAUUAACGUCAGCAAGUCCAUCAUCAAGUUCAACUACAGUUAGUACUUCAUCAUCACCCGAUGAGGAAAACAGUUCUUCGUCAAGCUCAUCGUCAAGUUCAACUUCCGUAACACCAUAUACUUCAAGUAGUUCAACGACAGUAAGCUCAUCAACUUCUCCUGAUGAGGGAAGUAGUUCUUCGUCAAGUUCAUCAUCAAGUUCAUCGUCAAGUUCAACUACAGUAACACCAUCUACUUCAAGUAGUUCAACGACAGUAAGCUCAUCAGCUUCUCCUGAUGAAGGAAGUAGUUCUUCUUCAAGUUCUUCUUCAAGUUCAUCAUCUAGUUCAUCAUCUAGUUCAUCUACAGUAACAUCAUCUACUUCAAGUAGCUCACCGACAGUUAGUACUUCAUCAUCACCUGAUGAGGGAAGUAGUUCUUCUUCAAGUUCAUCGUCAAGUUCAUUGUCAAGUUCAUCGUCUAGUUCAACUACAGUAACACCAUCUACUUCAAGUAGUUCAACGACAUUAAGCUCAUCAACUUCACCUGAUGAAGGAAGUAGUUCUUCAUUAACGUCAUCAAGUCCAUCAUCAAGUUCAACUCCAGUAAGUACUUCAUCAUCACCCGAUGAAGAAAGCAGUUCUCCGUCAAGUUUAUCGCCAAGUUCAACUUCAGUAACACCAAAUACUUCAAGUAGUUCAACGACAGUAAGCUCAUCAACUUCUCCUGAUGAAAGAAGUAGUUCUUCGUCAAGUUCAUCAUCAAGUUCAUCGUCAAGUUCAUCAUCUAGUUCAUCUACAGUAACAUCAUCUACUUCAAGUAGCUCACCGACAGUUAGUACUUCAUCAUCACCUGACGAGGGAAGCAGUUCUUCUUCAAGUUCAUCGUCAAGUUCAUUGUCAAGUUCAUCGUCUAGUUCAACUACAGUAACACCAUCUACUUCAAGUAGUUCAACGACAUUAAGCUCAUCAACUUCACCUGAUGAAGGAAGUAGUUCUUCAUUAACGUCAUCAAGUCUAUCAUCAAGUUCAACUACAGUAAGUACUUCAUCAUCACCCGAUGAAGAAAGCAGUCCUCCGUCAAGUUUAUCGCCAAGUUCAAUUUCAGUAACACCAAAUACUUCAAGUAGUUCAACGACAGUAAGCUCAUCAACUUCUCCUGAUGAAAGAAGUAGUUCUUCGUCAAGUUCAUCAUCAAGUUCUUCGUCAAGUUCAUCAUCUAGUUCAUCUACAGUAACACCAUCUACUUCAAGUAGCUCACCGACAGUUAGUACUUCAUCAUCACCUGAUGAGGGAAGCAGUUCUUCGUCGACGUCAUCAAGUUCAUCAUCAAGUUCAACUACUGUAACUCUAUCUACAGAAAAAACAUCGUCAGCAAUAAGUUCAACAUCGUCUUCCAUUGAAGAAAGCAGUUCAUUGUCAACUUCAUCAGUUUCCCCAUCGAGUUCAAGCACAAUAACCUCUUCGACGGAGAAGACAUCAUCAACAAUAGGCCCAACAAUAAGCUCAACAUCAUCCCCAUCAUCAAGCUCCGAAGGGAGCAGUACUUCAUCUCAAGGUUCUUCUUCUACUUCAUCGUCGAUUACGAGUCCUUCUUCAUCAACGUCAUCAACUCCAACCAUUUCAUCGACUCCAACAUCGGUGACUUCUUCGACAGAGAUAACAUCAUCGACAUCUUCUCCAGUUGAAACAACUUAUUCUUCUUCAACGUCUUCUUCUUCAUCAUCGAGCUCAACAUCACCAAGCAGUCCGUCUCCAUCACCUUCGUCAUCUUCUCUACUUAGUUCUACAAGCACUAGAGGGAGUAGUACUUCAUCACCAGGUUCUUUAUCUACUUCAUCGUCGAGUACCAGUUCAACAUCACUACUCGUAGAAGAAAGUUCUUCUUCGUCAACUUCAUCUACUUCAAGUACAGUGACACCAACUACAGAAAUAACAUCAACGACAGCAAGUUCAUCAUCUUCAUCGCUUGAAGACAGUACGUCUAGUACGCAAACAUCAUCAGUUUCGUCAUCGAAUCCAACCUCGGUGACUUCUUCUACGGAGAUAACAUCAUCGACAUUAAGCUCAACAUCAUCGACUCCAACCUCGGUGACUUCUUCGACAGAGAUAACAUCAUCGACAUUAAGCUUAACAUCCCCAGUUGGAAAAACUAAUUCUUCUUCAACUUCUUCAAUUUCAUCAUCGAGCUCAACAACACCGAGCAGUCCAUCUUCAUCACCUUCGUCAUCUUCUCUACUUAGUUCCACAAGCACUAGAGGGAGUAGCACUUCAUCACCAGGUACUUCAAGUUCAUCAACUUCAACGACGUUAACACCAUCGACAUCAACGACGAUAAGUUCAUCAACUCCACCAGUUGAAGAAACAUCUUCUUCGGCGACUUCGUCGGGUUCAUCAUCUACUUCGACGACAACAACACCAUCUACAUCAGGUAGUUCAACGACAAGAAGUUCAUCAACUCCCCUAGUCGAAGAAACCUCCUCUUCGGCGACUACGUCGGUUUCAUCAUCUACUUCGACGACAACAACACCAUCUACAUCAGGUAGUUCAACGACAAUAAGUUCAUCAACUCCUCCAGUCGAAGAAACCUCCUCUUCGGCGACUACGUCGGUUUCAUCAUCUACUUCGACGACGACAACACCAUCUACAUCAGGUAGUUCAACGACAAUAAGUUCAUCAACUCCUCCAGUCGAAGAAACCUCCUCCUCGGCGACUACGUCGGUUUCAUCAUCUACUUCGACGACGACAACACCAUCUACAUCAGGUAGUUCAACGACGAUAAGUUCAUCAACUCCCCCAGUCGAAGAAACCUCCUCUUCGGCGACUACGUCGGUUUCAUCAUCUACUUCGACGACGACAACACCAUCUACAUCAGGUAGUUCAACGACAAUAAGUUCAUCAACUCCCCCAGUCGAAGAAACCUCCUCUUCGGCGACUACGUCGGUUUCAUCAUCUACUUCGACGACGACAACACCAUCUACAUCAGGUAGUUCAACGACGAUAAGUUCAUCAACUCCCCCAGUUGAAGAUAGCACGUCUUCACCUACGUCAUCAAUUCAUUCAUCGAGUUCGACUACGGUGACACCUCCGACAUCAAGUAGUUCGACGACACUGAGCUCAACAUCGUCGCCAGGAGGCCCUUCAACGUCGACUUCUACAGUUUCGUCGUCGACAAGUUCAUCAACACCUGAAUCGUCGUCGUCGAGUACACAUUCGUCGACACCUAUAAGUUCAACCUCCUCAACCGGAAGAAUCACUACUUCAACAACUCAAUCGUCACCAAGUUCUUCUUCCACAACACCGACGGUAGACACCUCGUCCUCGACAUCAAUCUCCUCUACAUCCUCAAGGGGAGUGGAUAGUACCUCUUCUUCAGCAGUUUCCUCUAGUUCCACCACGGGUUCAUUGUCGCAGACAUCGAGUACGGCAUCGAGUACUGUCAGCUCAACAACAACCCCAGCAACAACUUCCUCAUCGACGUACCAGUCUUCAAGUACAACGCCGGCUUCUUCAUCCAGUAGCAGCUCUUCUACUUCAUCCUCGUCUUCAUUCUCAUCGUCCUCAUCGACAAGACCUGAUGAAGAGACAGAUGGUGAAGGGGAAGACAGUGAGGGUAAUGCAUUUGUUGAUAUUCUGGUCAUUGCACAUGACAAACCUCUGUACGGAAUUGUUGGAGGAGAAACAAUACUGACUUGUGUACUGACCAGCGACCAAGAGAAGAAGAUCUUUUGGUACAAGGACGACGAAGGGCAGCAAGGAGGAGCAACUCAGACAUCAGAGACGAAUUAUUCCGACGACUUUCAAAUGGAUGUUCACACAGUUACCAGUGUUAUUCCUGCAACCAGUACUGGACUCUGGAAAUGUAAAUUUGCUGGUAACCAGGAUUUGGAAGAGUCUGUUCCAGUCUACAUUAUUGAGCCUGUUAUUGAGGCAGAGGACAUCUUCCAACGUAAAGAUAAGCCUGUUACUAUGACUUGCUUCGCACCUAAAGAGUCUGUGGUUUCUUUCUUCAAAGACGAUCAACAGAUGACGAAGGAAGGAGUAGAUGAGAUAUUUGAACAAUUAGUAGACACAGAACAACGUGAAAGUAUUGAGUGGAUCAAAUACGAGAAGGUCAUAGAAUUCGCUCGACUCGAACAAAACGGAGUUGUCUACUCCUGCAAAGCUGAGUUUGAAAACGACCAAGUGGUUGUUGAUCAUAGCUUCACCCUGGAAAUAGCAGAUGCAGUUGUACUCACGACCAAGCCUGAGACGGAAGCAUUCUUUGCCAUUGGUGCAAGAGUGACCAUCACGUGUCUUGCCAAUGUGGAAGUAGUCGGUGGCAUGACAUGGUACAGGAAGAGGCUUCCCAAAAAUGUCUUAAUGGAAGCUGAGGCUGGUGUUACAGAGCUCAAAACUGGAGUAACAGCAGGUGUCCCAUACACAGAGUUGACAUUUGUCUCGGCUGAAAAGUCAGAUUCUGCCUCCUACUUUUGUGUAGCAGAGGAAGUAGAGAGUCCUGAGAUCGCUCUAGAAUUCCAUUCCGUUGAGGUGGAGGUUGAGGACGUGGUCGUCCAAGAGGGUGAAACCGUAUCUCUUACCUGUUCGGCCCCUGAAGGAUCCACUAUUUCUUUCUACAAAGACAACCAACUCUUGAGUGAAAUCACAGACGAGGAAGAUUUCACAAAACUCAAAGAAGAAACAUCUGCCACUGGUCACAAUAUGUUCGUGUGGCAGAAAGUGAUCCUGCAAGUCAAAUUAGAUCGUGACGGAGAAGUGUUCAAAUGUACAGCGGUUUUGGGAGAUCUCACCGUUUUAGAGCACACAUUCACCCUUGAGAUCAGUAGGAUAGCAUCUCUAGAGAUAUCUGCCGCCGAUAAGUACCACAAAGCCGGAAGUAAGAUUUCCUUGGUUUGUAUCGCCAACAAGAAACUCAGCUCUGCGAUAUCUUGGUGGGUCGAAGUGGAGGGGAGCGAAGAUAAACAGAUUCUCGCAGUCUCCAAUUCUAUAACCGUCGAAGAGGAGGUAAACUCUGACAGAGUGACAGAAGGCACGCUAACAUACCUAAGCGCAAGAGAGGAGCACUCUGGUAGCUACUACUGUAAAGGAGAGGAGAAGAGGAGCACUAACGAUAUGCCACUCAUGAUCAUCGCUACCAAGGACCAAGAAGAAUCGCUAACUGUGAAUGAUGGUGUCUUUUUCACCCUUAACUGCUGGUCUUACAAAGAAGAUUUCGAGUUCACCAAAGAUGGGUCUGUAUUCAGUGCCUACACCUUUGAAAAGACCUAUUCUGCUGUUGAUCUAGGACAUUGGGAGAAGAAGCUACUCAAGGUGAAACUUACCGACCAACAAGAUGGAAAGUUUGAGUGCGUAUCCAUGUUUGACACUUUCAAAGUUUCAUCUUUCAUCUACAACAUAGACGUGGUGCCUCUAGGUGAUACUGUCUUGACGCCAACUGAAGGAUAUCCAAUGAUCCCUCUUGGAACGGACCUGACGAUUACUUGUAAUCUUGUGGCUAUAGCUGAGGUAAACCUGAUUUGGAUGAAGGACGAUAAAGAGGUCAAUGACCGCUAUUACGAGAACGAAUACGAGGAGGACAUCAGCACUCAAACUAGUGUUCUUAUUUUGGAAAAUGUAAUUGUUGCUGAGUCAGGUUCUUACAGCUGUAUGACAGUUGAUCAAGGCUCGGCAUCUUCUGUAGAUGUAAAAAUCUUUGAUCCGAAGGAUUUCACGUACAUUGAGACAAAGUUCGAGGUGGUUAGCACAGAAGUGGAGUUCGUGUGCUACGGCGUGAGCGGAGAAGAUAUCACCGUCACCUGGGCUGGCGAGACUGUUGAACUAACGAACGAUGAUUAUGAAAAGAAGGAAGACUAUUCAAUUAGCGGUUUUGAGAUGGACAGAUAUGAGGUUAAAUACACAAUUGACUCACUCGAUGACGCUGGAACGUAUGGUUGUAAAAGUGAAGGGUACGGUCAUGAUAUUUACUCUCUGACCGGAACUCUAGAUGUUUUCACCAAGCCGGAGAUAAAGAUUCCAGGAAUUAUUGGGGGAAGUUACACUACAGUCGAAGGCUCUGAGUUCGAGGUUACUGGACAGAUCCAGGCUUCUAAAGAUAUCUCUGCGGAAACUAAAAUGGUCCUUGUCUUGGAACGAGAGGGGGAGAGUGACUUGGAAAAAGACCUCCCAAGUCCAACAUGGGACGAUAAAAUGAUUUCAAGUGUGUUCAAGGUCGAGAACGUUCCUGCCACAUACACCGGCGAAUACGUGCUCAAAGUAACCGCUGCCACCAAAAAGGCCGAAUCUGACGCUCUACCCUUGUUUGUAAUAGCCAAGCAUAUCGAGACAUACGAAGAGAGUUUAGCAGUCGGAGAGGAGCUGGAAAUUGUCUGCUACACCCAAGAGGGAUACGACAUCAAAUACUAUAUCGACGACAAGGAAGUAACGGACGUUAGCACUCUUGAUCUGGAGGAUGGGACCGACUACACAGACGGCGAGGAGAUUAUUUUCAAGACGAAAUUGUGGUUUUUAACAGCGGUUAAGGAGACAAGUAACGGAGUGUACAGAUGCAAGGGUUUCUAUAAAGACGAUAUAGUUGGAGACACAACUGUUACAUUCCACGUUCUCGUAUUCUCGGACAUGGUCACCUACCGUGCUGAACCAUUCGGAGGAGAUGUGAAGCUACUCUGUUACAAGGUAGUACAAACUGGAUCCUACAUGAAGUACUACUACAUGGGCACACAAGACGAGUCUGUGGCUCCUGAGAUUGGUAAAACCAUUGAAAAGGGUGGAAAGCAGUAUCAAGAGCACUUCUGGGUUCUUGGUGAGAUGACGGAAGAAAAGCAGGGUAAAUACAAGUGCGAGUCUUUCGUCAUGGAACAGAAGAUCGUGAGUAUGACGAGCGACCUGCUAGGGUACACCCUGACUGCACCUGUGGGGGUACUGUCUGAUACGGGCACGGCCACGGUGGAUUGUAUUUACAAGGGACCUACUGCAGAAACCAUGCUGUGGUAUCUGGACGGAGUGAAGAUAAACUCUGGCAUAACAACAUCUGGAACCAGUGCUGAUAGACAAGAUGGUGUAACAGUCAACAGUCUUACAGUCGAUAGUACCUUGAAAAUAGUGAAGUGCGAGUAUGAAUUAUCUGGAAACUACGACAUAAAAAUUAGCAAAGAAGUGUUGGUAACACAUGCUGCCUUGAGUAAGAUCGAGGAAGUCACUGCGUACUUCACAGACGAUGUCCAAAUCAAAUGUGACUACACUGGUUCUGAUAACCCCAAUAUCAUAUGGUACGACAUGACGGACCCAGAAAAGCCAAAUCCCAUAACAUCAACGGACGAAAAUGAUAAUGUGUACAUAGAGAAGACUGUGGACGGUAAAAAGCAGAGUGUGGAACUUUAUCUAAAAGAUCUGGGUUAUAAACAAGCACCUCUUUCUUGCAACAUCGAGUUUGCUCACUCGACCCGGUCUGAUCUCAAAUACGUCAACAAACAGCUCACUACGAUGAAGCGAAUCGGAUUUUCACAGGAACUACCAAACAACAUAAUGAGCUUACCUGGAACAAUCACCCUGAAGUGUGCCUGGGGUUCAAGUGACACUCCAGCAUCAGUCGAGUGGAAGAUUGAUGGAGAACCGCCUCAAAUUGAUACCUCCGAAACUAAAUCAUUUGGUUAUCAGAUGGAGAGUACACUUGAAGUAACCGUAGUAGAGAAUACUGGUGGAACAUACACCUGCAUCUUUAAGGACGGGCUGGACAAUGUGGGAGAGACCGAAACUGAGCUGUACGGUGCUUCACUCGAGAUUGACCAAGGAAAAGAGUUCUACCCGACCUUGGACGAUAAUAGAAUUACGUGUACUCUAACUACGCAAGGAACCGCCGCUAUGACCUGGCUCAAGGACCAACAAGUCGUAGAGACCUCUGCAUCUCAGGAGGUGGAGAUAGUCGACACUGCCGAAAUAGUUUUGACAUCCCUCAAGAUGGACCCUCUAUUGGAUGGCAUAUAUAUCUGCCAGGUUACCGCAUACGGGGAAACAUUCUCCAAAGAGAUCGAAUUAGCUCACACAGGAGUUGUUAUCGACGGUCCGCAGGAGAUAAUUGUAAGGAGCUCAGAAGCCAUUACUCUCACCUGUAACGCUGCUUCCAGAGCUAAAAUUGGAAAAAUCAGGUGGGAUGUUAACGGUAACAGACUCCCGCAAGGUAAAUUUGAGAACUCAGACUACGUAGAUUUUCAAAUGUCAUCUAAGCUGAUCACCAACCCUGUUGAAGACGCAAUAACGUACGGAGGCAAGGUGCUUGAUUACGAAUGUGUGGCUGCAACAGCAGCCGGUCUUGUCAAGGAGUACAAGGAAAUCACUGUCCUCGCCCUGGAACUGACUCCAGUCAAUGUUGUGGCAGUAGAAGGCACCUGGGAGUUAACGUGCACAGUUAUAUCAGAUAUCAAACCUAAGUUCGUUGUCAUGAAAAAGGGGGAUGAAGAAAAAAAGAAAUGGGCUGAUUUCAUGUUAAAGUCAGAGACGGGGCAAGAAUCCGACGGUGAGGAUUUGGGCCCAAAACCUGGAGAAGCGGACUACGUUGUUGGCGAAGGAGAAUAUACCUUCCAACAAGACGGCAAUGACUUUAUAAUGAAGGUGGACGUCAGUACAUACAAGGACGCUGGAACAUACACAUGUCAGCUCAUCUACGCAGACACCUCAGAAUCAUUUGAUACCUCUACCGUCAAAGUUAGGUCAGUUCUAUCACCCCAGCCAGAAAUAUACUACACGAAAAAGGAAACUGUGGAACUCACUUGUGUAAUCUAUAACGACGAAGCCCCUGAUUUUGGUAAAUGGUAUUAUGAUAACAAACUUGUCGGAAACAGCAUGGCUAUGGACGGUAAUUUGUACACAACAAACCACGAAGUUUCAGAUCCUGCACUCACUGAUGCGGGAGAGUACAGGUGCGAGUUUGGUUUUCCUGAUAAUAAAAACCCCUCACACACACUAAACCUUCAAUUUGCUGAACUUAAUAUGCUCAGUGAUGCGGUUGUGACAGUCGAAAGAGGUGGAAGUCUCGAAUUGGAGGCGUACGUUUACUCUAGCAACAUGGCAGACUUUAGUAUGAUAUGGUACCUAAACGGAGAAAAGGUAUCCGUAGCAAAAGGUUUCACACCAAGCUCGAAGAAGGAGGGUGAAGGUUUUAAGGUAACACUAAACAACCCCUCAAUUGGCACUGAAUUGGGGGGAGAGUAUCACGUGGAGUUCACCACUGUUACGUAUCCUGUCAAACUCGUUUCAUCUGUGGUAAAAGUAGCCGUCAUCGGCUCUGCCUCGGAGACAAACAUCGUCGGUAACGAUGGAGGUGCAUUGACUCUUUCCUGUGAGUACCAAGGAUCUGUAGCGCCUGCUUCUGUCACCUGGAACUACAAGUUCCAGCCAGUGGAUCAGAGCAAAUGGACGGUAAAUGAGGGAGAGUACCUAAACAACGUUCAAAAAAGCACGAUUACGGCCUCCUCGAUGACUGUUGAUGAGAGCGGAGAUUACGAUUGUGUUUUCAAAGUUGGUCAAAUAACAUUGACGACGACUAACACUGUGACAGUGAGAACCAUCUCCGUAAGCAAGUCUGGAACGCAAUACAUAACAUCUGAUACAUGGGAAAUUUCUGUAAUAGUGGGCUCUGUUGAUAAGCCUAAAAAUAUGUUUAUCAACCAAGGACAGAAAAGGAUAACUGCUUUAAAGCUGAAAGCGCUAGCUAAGGUUGGUGAUUCCCAAACUUACAUACUGACCUUGGAUUACAACAAGAACAAUAGGGCAGGUAAAGAUGACGGAGAAUACACGUUUGAAGCAGUUUGGAAAGAUGAAAUGACGCUAAAAACUGAUCCUGUUAACAUCAUAGCCAGGUUAGCCCUGACGGACGAAACAAAUGAGAAGCAAAUUUUCAUGGACAAUCUCGGGAAUAAAGAUCUUGUCCGAACCUGUGAAUACAGUGGAAAGGACAAACCUACUGUCGAGUGGCUGCUUGAGGACAAAGUGGUUGUCGCGGACGCAGAUCAUGUGAUCAAGACGGAUUCUAAGGAAGUGGAGGGUGCUUCGUCCACUUAUAAUAUUGCUAAAACUUCAAUCGUUAUAGAAAAGCCUACCUGGGAAGAUGGCGGAGUAUACACGUGCAAAUUCUCUUUUGCUGACGGAAACAACGUGGAAGUUACUGUCCCCAAGACUGUAGUCGUACAAGCCAGUGGUUUCAAGUCUUGCGAAACAUCUUUAGAUGGCAGUCUUGAACUUACUUGCAACUUCCAAACUAAGGAGACAGUAGAAUCUAUUGUGUGGACCAGAUGGGCUGAUGAGAUUAGUGAAGGAUUCCAGACGACAAAUUUCGUUGAUAACCAAAUCUCAUCUGUCCUAACCUUGACAGAUGCUAAACCUGAUCAGAAUGGAAGGUAUAUGUGUCAAGCGAAAGUUUCAGGAAGGGAAAACUCGUUCAAGUAUAAAACCGAUAUUCGAUUUGCCGAGCUGAACAUGGUAGUCGAGCCAGCCGCACCACAUUACGCCGGCAGCAAGGCUGUUAUCGUGUGCAGGGAUGUCGGAAAAUUUAAAGAUGUGGAGCUCAUAAAACCAGACGGACAAUCAGCUCCCAAGGUCCAGGGAAACCAGCGGUACAGUUUUGAGGUGUUGGAGUCAACCAAAGGGCGGUACACCUGUACAGGUAAAGCUACCAACUUGUGUGCGGAGUACGAGGAGGUGGAUGUCACUGGUAAGCAGGAGUCAGGUGAAGAGGGUGUGGAUAUACAACCAGUUAUGCCAACUGUCAUCAAACAGCCAGAAGAUAUAAGCGUGGAAUCAGGCGUGGAGGCUACAUUUACAUGCAUUGUACCGGCAGUUAAGGACGAUAAGUCCCGAAUGACUUGGCACAAAGAAGGGAACGAGGAUAAAAUCAUAUGGGGUAACAGCGUUGAGUACGAUACAGAAAAUAAAGAGUUGAUUAAAAAAUUAGUCUUUCGAAAAGCAUCAUUUGAUGCCAGUGGAAAAUACAAAUGCAGGGCAAAAUGGGGAGAAGUUGUACUAGACAGUGACUAUGCCACAUUGAAUGUUAUUGGUUUCAAGACCGCUCCAACGGACAAUAUGGGAUUGCUUGGUGGCCAAGCUAAGUUCACAUGUGCAAUUGUCAGCACCGAAGUUGUUACUCUCGAGCUAAAGACCUCAGAAGGUACUGGCAUUGUACCAAAUGUGGUAAUGGACACGCAACCUACCACAGAAUCAUGGGGUACAAUUUACACUGGUAUCGCAACCUUAUCAGGCCUUACUGAGGACAACGGUAAAGGUUCCUUCUUCUGUCAGGUAGCAGGGAAAGCAACGAAAUCAGACUCAGCUAACUUGCAAGUUUUAUCAUUUUUCGGAGAACCAGCAUUGUCUAAUUCGUGGACAGCUGGUGGGGACACAGCUGGAUUUACAGCCAACAUUGAAAGGUUCGAGUGGGGUGCAGAUGUCACCAUCACGUGGCAGAAGAAGCUCCAAGAUAGCUGGGAGGACGUUCCUGAGGGUGGAAAGUAUAUUGUCCAAAACGCUAAGGCAAAAUACUGGUACACCUUUAUUAACAUUCCAAGUUACUCAUUCAGUGCAGAUGAAGCCGUUGAAUGGAGAGUAAAACUGACUUUGCCUGAUCAAGGAGAAAAAAUAGGCGGGGAUCUUAUUUCCUCUUCGGCAUUCGUCCGUGAGGCCGGAAAAACUACUAUUGAAUUGAACAGUGCUGAUAAAUUCGUAGGAUCUACGUUUACUAUGACAUUCACCGUGACAGCUAGUGAAAGACCCAGCUACAUGAAAGUCAUGUUCAAUGGUAGACGAAAAAAAGCAUGGGAAAAACCAGAAGUAAUGACGCAUACAUUCGAAAAUAACUUAUCCACAGUUGUUGUGAAAAGCGAAACCCUGUAUUGGUACAGUUUGAAAAACAUCGGCUGCAAGACAACUGUUAGCAGCCAAGCAGUUGAAGCUGUUUUACCUUUCUAUCAAGUACAAAAACCAUGUAACACAUUAGAAAGAGCCAACGGAGACAUCACACUUUUAAAUAAAGAGGACAGCUCAUCUACGAUAAUAGGCUUAGUUGCUUCCCUGAAGUGUCACGUUCCGGAUGAUACGUCUUUCACCUAUCAACCGUACGAUACGUCCUUGACGGAGGUCACUUGUCUCUUCUCCACCGGAAAGUAUUCUGAAACCAUCACCACCUGUAACAAAGUCAUAGCUAUUGACUAUUCAUUGCUCAAAGUUGGCCUUUUCCUUGGUGUUGGCACCGGUUAUUGCGAAACCGAUCAAGCGGUGGCGGAUUUAGUUGUUACACUGAACAGUGGAGCAAACGGUGAUAAAGAUAAUUGUGGUUUCAAGAAUAUUGAAUUCCCAUGUGCUGAGAAUGAGGAUUGUGUGUUUCAGCCUUCUGAAACAGAUUGCUCUCCAAUGACUGCGGGUGGAAAUGAAGGAAUAUUCAUAAGCGCUGUAUUUAAGCUGGACGGCGAAAUUGAUAUCACUAAAGCUGCAAGAGAUGACCCAGGUUCCAAAUACUCCUUAUAUAAAGGACACGCGGACAGUAUAAACGCCUAUUACACGGCGGUUAAGAGCAUAUUUUGGAGAUGUGAGGAUCCUAGACGUCGUAAAAGGGAAGCUUUUCGGGGAAGAAUGAGCCAAUCUACCGAUGGGAGUGUUCCAACUACUAAGACUGCUUCAUUGACAACAACCCCUACUACACCAACUACACCAACUACAAAGUUCUUAACGCAAUCCAAAAAAGAGACAAAACCUCGAACCACUGAAAGACAUGUAACUGUCAAAAAAGAGACAAAACCUCGAACCACUGAAAGACAUGUAACUGUAACUAAGCAGCACAGGGAUCACAAAACAACCGUUGCCGAAGAUGUUGCUUUUGGGGAGGAAGAGCUUUAUGUUGCAGAGGAGUUUGACGUAUUGGACGUUUCUAGACUGGAAGAUGCUGAAGUUAUCUCACCACUGAACUUUGAACACCCGUACUCUGUUGAAUAUCCUGAUCCUGCAGACGAAACAGAAGAUAACUCAGACGGAACCAGUGAAGAUGAAACCGAGAGGACUCUUGGCUUGCCGAGGUGGGAGUUUAAUAUGGGCACUUUCAUUUUGUUUAUCGGACUUCUAGCUGGUGUAUCCGUCAUCUUCAUCUUCAAAAUAGUUGUUACUAUGAGGCAGAGGAUGGAGGGUAAUAAAGACUAUAAGUACGCUCAACUCUGCGAAUCCUAGAUAUGUAUUACAUAUAAUUGCACGACUGCUGACUUUCAAUAACAUUUUCUGUUUAGUUUAAUUUCUUCUGUAGGUAUUUUCUUUGCGUAGUAUAAGUUUUUAAUAAGUCAACAUAGAUUGAACACUGAUGGAAUUAGUUGACCCGCAAGUAAUGAUAAAUCACACAGUAGAAUGAUAUCAAUGAUAUGUCAAUUCUGUGGUGACAAAUGUAGUAAUGUUAUUUCUGUUGACUAAAACAUGAUAAUUAAAGAUUCUAAUUUAGUGAGUUUAUGAUUCUGUAGUUAUACCUGAUAGAAUAAUUGUUUUUCUUUUUGUCUGCCUUGAAUAAGUUUAGCUACAAGAACGAUAAAUUUAAUUAUUGACACGGAA